GUGUCAGUCGACAUGAAGGUCCUCCUCCUGCCGCUUUAAACUGCCUUCACGUCUGAACCGACGACAUUUUUUAAAUUUCUUUAAGGGGGUUCGGUCUCGAGCAUCUCGCGCCCCCACUCAUUCGGUGUCGGUCGGAGGAUACGUGUUUUUUAGUGUCGGAGCUAAACGGAGCUACAGUGUUUCCACAGUUUGGUGGGUGAAUAAAGCCGAGGAGGAAGAGGGCAUCCGGCCCUGGCAGCUCCGGAGGAUUCGGCUCGAACCGAACCCGUUUUCAGGCCGUGCGCUGCCCUGCUAUGGAGAAGAUGAAGAGGAUAAAGAAGCGUCUGUCGUUAACGCUCCGCCCCAGCCUGACCAUCGACGAGUCACUGUCGGAGCUGGCCGAGCAGAUGACCAUAGAGGACGGCGGUACCAAGGACAACGAGCCCUUCAUGAGGAAUGGCCGGCCCCCCACCUCCCACAGCAUGCACUCCUUCCUGCACCAGUACACCGGCUCCUUCAAGAAGCCGCCCCUGCGCCGGCCACACAGCGUCAUCGGCGGAUCACUUGGGUCCUUCAUGGCCAUGCCGCGCAACGGCAGCCGGCUGGACAUUGUUCACGAGAACCUGAAGAUGGGCUCCGACGGGGAGAGCGACCAGGCGUCGGGCACGUCGUCGGACGAGGUUCAGUCCCCGACCGGGGUGUGUCUGAGGAACAGAGUUCACCGGAGGAUCUCCAUGGAGGACCUCAACAAGCGCCUGUCUCUGCCCGCUGACAUCAGGAUUCCCGACGGUUACUUGGAGAAGCUGCAGCUCAGCAGCCCGCCGUUCGACCAGCCGCUCAGCCGACGCUCCCGCCGAGCCUCGCUGUCUGAGAUCGGUUUUGGGAAGUUGGAGACGUACAUUAAGCUGGACAAGCUGGGAGAGGGAACGUACGCCACGGUGUUUAAGGGGCGCAGCAAGCUGACGGACAACCUGGUGGCGCUGAAGGAGAUCCGACUGGAGCACGAAGAAGGAGCCCCGUGCACCGCCAUCAGAGAAGUGUCUCUACUAAAGGACCUGAAACACGCCAACAUCGUGACGCUACACGACAUCGUCCACACCGACAAGAGCCUCACGCUCGUCUUCGAGUACCUGGAUAAAGAUCUGAAGCAGUACAUGGACGACUGCGGGAACAUCAUGAGCAUGCACAACGUGAAGAUCUUCCUGUUCCAGAUUUUGCGAGGGCUGUCGUAUUGUCACAAAAGGAAAGUCCUCCACAGGGACCUAAAGCCCCAGAACCUCCUCAUCAACGAGCGAGGGGAGCUCAAACUAGCUGAUUUUGGUCUAGCGAGGGCCAAGUCUGUCCCGACUAAAACCUACUCCAACGAGGUGGUGACUCUUUGGUACCGGCCUCCAGACGUUCUGCUGGGAUCCUCAGAGUACUCGACACAGAUUGACAUGUGGGGGGUGGGCUGUAUCUUCUACGAGAUGGCUGCAGGUCGGCCUCUGUUCCCGGGCUCCACGGUCGAAGAUGAGCUCCACCUAAUUUUCAGGCUGCUGGGCACGCCCGCCGAGGAGAACUGGCCGGGAAUCUCCGCCAUCGAAGAGUUCAAAUCCUACAACUUCCCCAAAUACAAACCGCAGCCGCUGAUCAACCACGCCCCGAGGCUGGACGGUGACGGCAUCGAGCUGCUGCUGUCCUUCCUCAGAUACGAGUCCAAGGCGAGGGUUUCAGCCGACGAGGCGAUGAAACAUUCCUACUUCAGGCAGCUCGGGAUGAGAGUGCACGCUCUGCCCGAGAGUGUGUCCAUGUUCACGUUAAAAGAAGUGCAGCUACAGAGAGACCCCGGCUACAGGAACUCCUCGUACCCAGAGUCAGGUAACAGCGGCAUCAACAGAAGGCAAAGCAUGCUUUUCUAAUGUUCCCCGAAGAGGAAGGUUUACUGACCAGCUUCACCUCCCGUCUCCUCUCAGACCCACUCCUACACACACACACACACACGCACACACACACACACACACACACACACCCCCUGAUUGAAUGACUGUGAGUUGAAUCUGUUUGAAGACUGUUUAUUUAUUGGAGGGUGAGGUUG